UGAGCCGUGGACCGCCCCACUCUCCCACAGAUAUAAAUAGGAGGUGGAUUUUUUUUACUCCACUCAUUUCUCCUGAAGGAUGAGAUCCCUGAAACACCUCAAACAUCACUCCAGGAACAAUGUGGAGGAGGAGAGUAGCCGCUUGGUGCGGACGUACCCAAAGAUGACUGAGGGCCAAAUGGAUGUGGGUACACAGACGGAGCCUGUUGUGGUGCUAUCUUUGGCUCAGGCUGCCGUUCUUGGACUCAUCUCCCAGAAUGAAAUCUUCGGGGCGACCAUAGCUCCUAAUGGCUUCUACACAGGGGAGCCCAGAGAGUGCCCCCCUCCUCCAACGGAGGCAACAGAGUACGAGUACGCCGACCAGCUAAUAGGGGCGAACGGAGACUACCUAGCCGAGCCCGCCGGAGAGCCCGAGCCGCAACCCCACUGCAGCGAGAGAAGGCGGCCGGGACCCCGCGGGAGAACCAAGAGGCCCAGGAGCGAAGGAGAAUCGGAGGGUCACCCGCACAAAGUACCGAGUCCCCAAGCUCAGGUUAAAGGUGAACGGCUGGAGUCCGACACACCUCCUUCUUGCAUUCACACGAACAGCAGGCGAACUCCCGGCAAGUCGGAGGAUCCGGUCGCCCAAAAGUCUUGUCUGAAAGAGGAGCAGGCCUGCGGAGGCUGUCCCUCGUGUGAGCGAGAUACAUCCAGGCCACAAACAGAUGGACAGCAGAAACAGGAACUGGAAGUAAACACUGGCAAAGAAAAGGAGAGGAAGGAAGAAGAGCUGGUGGUGGAGGAAGAGGAGGAGGAGGAGGCACUGAACCUCAAGACAAAUAACGAGAGUGGAAGUCCCCUGGAGAGCCGUUAUUACGAGUCCAAUGAGGUGGCCUACGAGUCCCCCUGACAUGGCCCUGCCGGGAGAGUACGAGGACAACAACCAGGCCAUGCUGUGGUCAGAUCCAGAGGGCCUGGCCAGACGAAUGCAGAUCGACCGGCUGGA